AUGGCGUACGGUCGACGGGGUUUGACGCUGCUGUUACUGCUGGCACUUCUGCUGGUGGUGUACGCAGCGACGAACAGUGUGUAUUGGAUCCAUUGGAUGGUGCUCGCGAUCUUCAUCGGCAUGCUCUACAUCUGCGACUUGGUCUUUCUCGGUGAUGGCGCGUUCGACUUUGAUCCGUUCUACGCGUCAUACGCCAAGAAGACCGAGCCCGACUACUUCUCCCAGAAAGUCGGUUAAGCAGUUAUUUGUUGUGCCGAGGAAAGAUAUUCGAAUUUUUACACGACUUUUUUACGCCAUGCUGUUCAGGGGUGUUGGGCAUCAACAGGUUGGUGACUGCUUUCUUCGCCGCUGGCGGUUUCUGCGUCUGCAACCACGUUUCCGCCUUGUACCUCCUCCAGCGACGAAGCGCAUUGCUGGACAUAAUUCGGAGGUACAGUAGUUAAAAUCCCCAUCUACUUAGUUGUGAGUUGUUUCCACUAGUUUACUGUGAACGUGAAGGUUAAAGAAGCGAAACCCGAAGUCGUGUUUUUCUUUGAAACACAAGCACGAAACUGACUCUUACCACAGGUACAACAUGCGCAGUUGUAGGGACUGCACCAGCACCAGAGCAGGAACCGUAUCAGGCGGCAGAAGUAACCGACCAUGUUGGACGCCCUUCGGCGUGGUUCAUCACUCCGUUCAUCGUUCUUUCGAAUUAUCCUUGCCAAGCUGCAUCUUCGGGAUUCGUACUCGAAAAUAGACCGAAUGAAGAUGUGUGUGGCAAUUUUUCGUUGAUUUCUUGUGCUGUUUUAGAAGUAAAAAAGUUUACCCUGAGCUGGUUGCGUUACAU